CUAGAAUUCUCGCAUGUAAUCCAUAAGUUGUGGUAUACUACUAAUAAAUUUCAAUGGUGCACUAGGCCUAGGUACAUGACCAUCAUUCAAAUGCCAUACCACGUAUUUUGAUCACUUCCAUGACACGGUCUCGUGCCUUGCGCCCUCCCAUCGCUGAUAACUAUUAUUAGUGGAUCAAACCUUCAAGAACGUGUGGGCCAUACUUCGAAGCUUGCGCCGGUUAAGGGUAUUAAGCUCGUGCCAGAGACUUCUCCCUUCUCCCAUAUUUCUUGCACCUCCACUUUGCUCACAGUAAUUGACCACUCGCCGCGAUGAGUGAAGACCAUAGACCAGGUCCUCCUCCAGAAACCUGCAAUGCAACCGUUGGUGAAAGCUCGAGCCAACCCCGUAGUCGAGUCAAGCAAGCUAUUCAGAAAUUUGCGAAAGGCUUCAUCAAAAAACUUUCUAAAUGGUUCAAGCGUUCCCGCAACCCCACUUCUGCAGUCCAGAAUACCGACCUUCAAGGUGCUUCAUCGAAUCAAAAUAUCGAGGACAUGUCACAUCCGCAUCUCUCCGCCGACAAUAAUCAUCCAGCCUCAUCUGAAAAUCCUAGUGGAUGCGUCAACCAAGGCACAUCCGGAGAACCUACUUCGAAGGGUGCGGACAAGCUCUCUAGUAUAGAGGAAAUUCCUGGUUCAAAAUUAGUCGGUGAUGAACUUCAGCAUGCCCACCAGGCUGUAGAACAUAUGGAUACAGUCGGGGGACACGCGAAGUCUGUGGCAUCCGUCCCUAACAAAGCCCAAGCAGGUCUCGCUGCGAUGGAUAAUUUCCAGACCACUUACCUCCAACCCCUGAAGAUUUUCGACACUGUCAUUGGGACGCUUUCAAAUGUGCAUCCAUACGCAAAGAUGGCGUUGGGCAUACUUUCCGCUGCAGCUAAAAUAAUUCUUACUCAAGCGGAGCGCGACGAAUCGGUAGAUCGCCUUCUCCAGAAAAUAGAUGAAGUUUACAACUUCAUUACCCAAGACGAGAAUCUUUCCAAGGUUGAAUCGAUGCACGAUGUCAUCGGAAAGAUUGCUCAGCAGACUCUCGAGUGUGCCCGUUUCAUUAGGGAAUACUCGGAGACGAAGAACUUCUGUGAGUCAUCGGAACAUCGCAUUCGCACAUUAAUCUUACGCUUAUUAUGA